AUGAUUGGUUCCAGAAUGAGAAUGCUGGCCGCCAGACAAUACCACAUUUCUGCUAAGGACAGUGCCAGCAAAGUUUCGACUCUGGCAGUCAGAGUACACGCUGGUUCGCGUUACGCAACCAAGGAUGGUGUGGCGCAUUUGUUGUCGAGAUUCAACUUUCACAACACUGGAAACAAGUCUGCUUUGCGUUUGGUGCGUGAAUCUGAGCUUCUAGGUGGUCGUUUCGAGUCCUCUGUCGACCGUGAAUACAUCACUUUGAAGGCCACUUUCUUGAAGGAGGACUUGCCAUACUACGUGUCUGCUUUGGGAGACGUUGUUUACAAGACGUCGUUCAGACCACACGAAUUGCCAGAAUCCGUGCUUCCAGCCGCGAAGCACGACCUUGCUAAGGCUCAGGCUUGCCCUGUCAAGAUCUCUGAAAGCUUGCUAUACAACGUCGUUUUCCGUAAUAAUCUCGGCAACGCUGUGCUUUACGACGGCGUGCAAAAGGUCUCCCUUGAGGACAUCAAAACCUACGCUGACAAGGUCUACACCCGUGACAACAUCGAAAUCGCCGGCCUGGGCGUCAACGAGGCCGACCUCAAGCGUUUCGUCAACGAUUCUUUGUUCGCUUCGUUGCCUCAAGGCACUUCGUUGGCCAAGGAAAGCGCUCCCAAGACUUACGUCGGUGAGACCCGUCUAAGAUCCAGCAAGGGUGACUCUGUCGCUGCCAUCGCUGUUCCAGUCGCAAAGGCUGACUUUGCCACCUACGAAGUGUUGGCCACUUACUUGACCUCUGCUUUGUCGGACCUUUCGUCUGUGAUCUCCAAGGUCAAGUUCGACUCUUACUCCAACGCCGGUUUGUUCUCGCUAUACGUGAAGGGCCCCGACGCCAAGGCCGUGUCCGAGAACGUCCAGAAGGUUGUUUCCUCUUUGAAGAAAACCCAAGACAUCUCCGUCGCCAAGGACGCCACUGCCUUGCGUUUGGCAUUGAAGUCUGAAACCGAGCCUUUUGUCGAACAGCUAUCUCUAGAUAAGGUCAAGGAUUUCAAGCUUGGCAAGUUCAGCUACGUUGCCGUGGGUGACGUGAGCAACUUGCCUUUCGCCGACCAAUUGUAA